UAGGAUGUUCAGAUAGUGAGCACAGACGAGAGCCAAGUUCUCCUUGCCCUCCAGGAGUGGUACCAGACCGACACCUAUAACCUGUACCAGUCAGACUCCCAAGGUGUUUACUACUCAAUGAUCCUGGAAAACGUUCGCAGCACCAAGCAGCCAGAGGAGAAUGUUCUCAUUGAUAUCCUAGAGGUGCGUGGUGUGAAGGGAGUUUUUUUGGCCAAUCAGAAAAUCGACGCAAAAGUGACGACUCUCAUAACUUAUAACAAAGGACGGACCUGGGAACUCUUGGCCCCGCCCACCACAGACAUGAACGGUAAACCAGUCAGCUGCAAAGUGCCGGACUGCCACCUCCACCUCCACCUGCGCUGGGCAGACAACCCCUACGUAUCUGGUACCGUCCACACCAAAGACUCCGCUCCAGGUCUCAUUAUGGGUGCAGGAAACCUCGGCUCCAAACUGGUAGAGUAUAAGGAGGAGAUGUACAUCACAUCAGAUUGUGGGAAGACAUGGAGACAGGUUUUUGAACAGGAACAUCACAUCCUGUAUCUGGACCAUGGUGGAGUCAUUGUUGCCAUCAAGGACACCUCUAUUCCCCUCAAGAUACUGAAGUUUAGUAUUGAUGAAGGGAGAACAUGGAACAUUCACAACUUUACCAGCACGUCUGUGUUCGUCGACGGACUUCUCAGUGAACCAGGAGAUGAGACCCUUGUUAUGACUGUUUUUGGCCACAUCAGCUACAGGUCUGAUUGGGAGCUGGUUAAAGUGGACUUCAGGCAGUCCUUCACACGUCAGUGCACCGAGUCAGAUUACGAGGCCUGGCAGCUCACAGACCUGCAGGGAGAAAGAUGCAUAAUGGGCCAGGAGAGGACUUUCAGACGAAGAAAGGAGAACUCCUUCUGCAUCAAAGGCAAAAGCUACACCUCUGCUCUCACUACGAAGCCCUGCCAGUGUACUGACAAAGACUUCAUCUGUGAUUACGGCUUUGAGCGAUCUUACACAGAGGGCGACCGAUGUUUCCCUGACUUCUGGUAUGAUCCAGAAACACCCCCGGAAAACUGCCACCUUGGACAAAAUUACGAAUCUAGCACUGGCUACAGGAAGGUGAUGUCAAACACUUGUGAAGGAGGCCUUAACAAGCAGCAGAGUGCCAAACAGCACAGCUGCCCUCUGUUGCCUCCCAAAGGACUGAGGGUCGGCAUCAAAGGCCAGAUGCUGGCUGUGGCUUCUGGUGACGACGUCACAUUCAUUGUCCACCAGGAGCAGGGCGACACCAGCAGCACAAAGUACCAGGUGGACCUCGGGGACGGGGUUCGAACCAUUUACCAGAACCUGACAGUGACGGAUGAGCCCAUCCAGCACCGCUAUGAAAAACCUGGCAUUUACAAGGUUACGGUGAAGGCAGAAAACAUGGCGGGACACGAGGAGACCACCAUGUACAUCCAGGUCACAGAGCCUCUGCAGGAAGUUCACCUGGAAGCUGUCCCCAUUGCCAGGAGAAACAAUGAGGUCAACCUGACAGCCAUAGUUCUUCCCACCAACGCCAACCUGACUGUCUUUUACUGGUGGCUUGGAGACAACUUGAAGCCUAAACUGACUCUGGAGAACAGCCUUUUGACCCGUUUCCCAGAGAGCGGAGAAUUUUCUGUCACCGUCCAAGCUUCCAAUGGCCGUUCCAUGGUGCAAGAUACAAAGAUUGUCAGAGUCUACGAUAACUUUCAAGUCAUCCCCCUGAGCUUCAGCAAGAACCUGGACCGUUUUAACCCGAACAUCCCAGAAUGGAGGGAAGACAUCGGCAAAGUGGUCACCAAGCUUCUCUCUAAGACCACAGGUGUACCUCAGGAUGCCCUUGUUACUGUGGUGAACCCAGGCCUUCCAACUACUGCUGACCUAUAUGUCCUGCCACUGGACACCAAACAAGCCAAGGGCAGUGUGUUUGUUGAUAAGCGUAUUCCAGCUGUCAUGCAAGCUUUCAACGACAAGAAUAUCAGCUUCAUGGUCCGAGGAGGUCUGCGGGUGCUGGUGAUGUUAGCCGACCCAAAUGCAGGCUACCAUGGAGCAGCUGGAGGUCCAGGUGUUUGGGCACUAGCUGUGAUAUUCCUAAUAAGCGUCAUUGGCACUGGCUCAUUUAUUCUUUAUAAGUUUAAAAGGAAGCUUCCUGGAAACCGCAACAUCUAUGCCCAGAUGCACAAUGAGAAGGAACAGGAGAUGACGAGCCCUGUCAACCACAGCGAGGACACCCAGCACAUCAUCCAAGGGGAGGAGUUUAUCGAUGACGACCUGGACUCCCAGACUCUAGGUAACGCUGGAGGUAGUCCUGCCUUCCGUUCUCUUAUAAGGACUACCACUAACCACUGCUACUAAAACCCAAGCCACUAACUCCAGCAGCUCAAAAACACCAAGGCAACCACUCAGGUGUGAUCCUGAGCAUCAACUCCAGAGAAUUACACGGCUACCUGAGCAGCUGAUGGCUGACAGGGCAAUGCUGACGGGCUAGCCCAGCCUAGCCGAGCCGGCUAACAAGCACAGGGACUCUGACUUCCUCCCGCUCUUUUUUCCCCAUUACCACCCACGAAACAUUACUUCUACCCAACGGCCUCUUCAGUUUUAUGUGACCAGUUUAAAUUUGUAUUGAACCUUCCAAUCCUCUCUUCUCCUCUGAGUUCAUAUCAACUUUAAAAAAGUACAUGUUUAAAAAUUCUGUAUUGAUGGCUUUUCAGUGCUUAAAAAUGUGCGUAAAUAUUUGUACACUCAACAUGCUCAAAAUCAGCUAGCACAACUCCAUUUGGCAUGAACUGGUAUUUCAGAUGGUUGAACAGUCUAGGCCAGUGGCGAUUAAAAUCACGUUGCACCUACAGUGCCUUGAAAAACUAAUGAUACCCCCUGAAUGUUUUAAUAUCUAAACAAGGUGAAGCCACAGACUAAAAUGUAUUAGAUUGGGUAUUAAUGAUAUGAAGCAGUGUGUAUUUUUUAUUGAGAAAGAAAAGACAACAACAUUCCUAGUCAGUGUUAAUUGGGAGCCUCUAUUAAAAAAAAAGAGGUUUUUCAAGUCCUGACACGUUCCUUGAGUAGAACAUGGUGGCAAUUUUCUGGUUUCUUAUUUGUAAAUGGCCUGUUAUUAUAUAACACACAUUAAAGUCAGGGGACAUUCCGUUAUUCACCCAUUCAUGUAUGCUGGUGAAGAUUCUCAGUCAUCCAGGUCACAGUCAUUCCAAAAAAGUAAAAAAACAAUAUACUGUACUUUGUUUCCAAGUUUAAAGACGUUUCAGGAAGCUUUUUCUAUUCAAAAUGUCAGAAAUAGUGUUCAAUUCAAGGCUUUAUAGAGUGGACCAAAAACAAAGCGCCGUUUUGGCUUAGAAAACCCGAAAAUUUAACCGGACGAAAGGGUCUGCCCCU